AUGCAAGAUCAACUAGAUUCUAUAUUAAAAUCUUUAAAUGAGGUAAAGUCUACACAAAAUAAAAUGAUCACUUCAAUAAAUGAACAAAAUAAAACUUUAAAAAGUUUUAAUAAACGAUUUGAUGACCUAUCUACUGAAAUAAAUAAACUAGCUACUGAAAAUUCAUUUUUAAAAACUAAAAUUUCUGAACUUGAGAACAAAUUAAUACAAAUCGAAAAAACUACUUUAACUACUCAAUUGGAUGAAUUAAAUAUAUUAAAUGAAUUAGCUGAUAGACAAUCAAGAGCUCAAAAUAUAAUCUUGUAUAACUUACCAGAAAAUUUAAAUAACACACAAAUUCCUAUAUCCGAUGGUGACAAUUUGAAACUUAUAUUCAAAGAAAUGAAGGUAGACUAUAAUCCUAUAAAUUUUAACCGUUUAGGAAAACCUUCAGAUCGAACACGCCCGUUAAAAAUAACUCUUGCGGAUAAAAAAAUCUAUCUUUGA